GUGUUAUAGUUGCUUGUGCAUGAAAGUAUGAAAAAGUCUCAACCCAAACUCCUAGCCGUGGCUGGCACUGGUGCAGCGCGUUUCAUCCAGGUGUUGACGGAACAAGUCGAUCCCUUAGGUGAUAAUACACAAGAUGAAUGGAAAGAACCGACAGAAGCCGUAAGUGUAAGCUGCGGAAAAGAUGAGAUGGAAUUCGGCCCAACACGAACAGAACUUGAAAACGUGCUAGCAAAUGCUAUUAAAAUUGAAAGCAGUGACUUCAAUGAAGAAAACAUUUCGCUUGAUGGGUUAAUGUCACCAAAGAGAAAAUACUCCGAAAACGAAGAAUCGGAGGACGAUUCCAGUAUCACAUCGAUGUCGCAAGAUUUUAGCGAAACUGUCACAGAAAUGCAUUAUCAAAGACAAACUGCCUUGAACAUCAACAAUCCUGUCAAGAAAAAAACGUUAGAACAAACACCACGCGCUUCAAAUUCACGCAUUAUCUCGUCAUCCACGGAAAAUAUUGGAAGACAUAUUGUCAGUGAAUCGCAAAACCGUAACAAACAAUGUGUGGAUAAUGAAGAUUUCAAAAUGGAGCUUGACUGUGGUAAGUAA